AUGGAUUAUUGGUACAGAUUUCAGUGGCAAAAUCUUGGAAGUCCUCAUGUACAUGGUUUACUGUACUUACAAGAUGAGCCCGAGUUUAUUGUUAAUGACUUGUCUGAGGAUCAUAUUCAUAAAAUACAAGAAUACUUUGAUACGUUAUGUUUAGCCAUUAAUCCUAAAAGUGCUAAUCCGACAUGUUCAAACCAUCCUUCUCAACAAAGAUUUUCUGUGCCUUUCAACGUCAUACAAAGUGCGGAACCCAUUGCUACAGACGAGCUCAACGAAGAAGACUUUAAUCGAAAUUCCAAAUCUAUUAUCGAUAAAUAUAUCGAUAGGCCUUUAAUAUACAAUGAUAUUUCGUUAUUCCGAUUUGCGCAAACUAUUAAUGUAUAUGGAAAUCGCUACGUUAAAAGCCGCAAAGAGAAUGUUGUUUUAAUUUGGCCAAAGUUGAAAUUAUCAGAUGACUUAGAUAGCGAUUUAUACUACAAGCAACAGUGCACCCUUCACAUCCCAUUCCGUCAAAAUGUAGAUGAGAUCUCUACAGUAUGCGACAAUAACAACGAACAUCCUUGGUACUCAUUAUUUGAGCAAUAUAACGUAACGCCGAUAGACAAUAUCAAAUUGCCAAUUUCGUGUAUAGAAGAUCUUGAUAACGAAGAUAAACCAUCCACUAGUGAUAUAUAUUAUAAUGCGUUUGAAAUGGUUUCGUCAACGAUAAAAGAACGAUCGGAUCUACAAUUAGGACAACGUUUAAUAGACGUAGCAUAUGAUUGGAAUGUACACAACGCGCUGUAUCCCUCGUUGCAAGACAUUGAAACAUUUUUAAAAAAUUUUAAAAGUGAGAACGCAACACGCUCGAUAAAGAACUCCAGUAAUCUGCAACAAAUUACGUUAUCGCGGGAACAACUGAAAGUUGUACAGAUUUGUAGAACUCAGAUUCAACACAUUCAGUCCAGCAUCGGUGAUAUCUCCGAUCAGAUUAUUAAACGUGUGAUAAUACAGGGAAAAGCUGGGUCCGGUAAACGUACUCUAAUCAACGCGGUUGUUCAAGAAGUUACUGAUGCGCUUGGUUGUGAUGCUAUAGCAAUUAUUGCUCCUACGGGUGCUGCAGCUUUGAACGUAAAUGGAAGCACGAUUCACUCGUUUUUUAAAAUUCCAAUUUUUCAUAAUAAAUUUGAACCAUUAAAUAGUCAUUCACAGCGAAAUUUCCAAUUGGAACAUAAAGCAUUGAAAUUCCUCAUCGUUGAUGAAAUGUCCAUGAUAUGUGCUAAAACUUUGGGUGAAAUAGAAAGCAGAUGUCAUGAACUAUUUCCAUCUCGAGAUGAUUCAUUUGCGGGGUUAUAUGUAUUUAUGUUUGGCGAUUAUAAGCAAUUGUCGCCGGUUAAAGAUGUUGCAUUGUACAAUAACAGUGUUAGUGAUGCCAUGGCAACUAAAGGAGCUAUUGUAUCCCAAUCGUUUCAAUUAUUUAUUGAAUUAUCUAUAUCGCACCGUCAAGGAAACGAUCGCGUUUUUUCAAAAUUAUUGGAUAACUUGGCUAACGGAGAUAUUUCUGUAGACGAAUACAACAUUUUAUCGCAGCGUAAAAUGUCUUUAUUAGAUGAAACUGAAAAGAGAAGAUUUGAUGGAGCAAUUCAUUUAAUACCGACAAAUGACUUGGUUCGACAACAAAAUGAAUGUUGCUUACGUGAACUGGGUACACCUGUUCUGUGCAUUAACGCUCAAAUUAAUGGAGAUGUACAUAAGGUGAAUGAUGAUUAUUGCGGCCUUGCUCCAUCUUUAUAUUUAGCAAUAGGAUGUCGCGUUAUGCUUACUCAAAAUAUAUGGGUCAAUGGCGGUUUAGUCAAUGGAUCAAUUGGUACAGUUCGGGCCAUUUUAUAUGAAGAAAAUGUAUCUCCGCCAAAUUUGCCUUUCUACGUUAUAAUUCAGUUUCCCUUGUAUCAUGGACCAUUUAUACAUGACAAUUCAUUUCCGAUCAAACCUGUCACGAGAUCGUAUGAAAAACGAGGAAUAAUAUGUACGAUCAAACAAUUCCCGUUGAAAUUGGCAUAUGCGUAUACCAUUCACAAGGCUCAAGGAAUGACGUUACCAACGGCUAUUAUUGAUAUUAGAGAAAGAGAAUUUUCGGCCGGAAUAACAUAUGUAGCUCUCAGUAGAGUAAGAACGUUAAAGGACAUGAUAAGCGCAGGGUAA